UCAUGAAGAUUAGUGACUGUUUAAAGUCGAAACUUAUCUUAGUGUUGUUCAUUGAGGCCAGCGACAACCCCGGCUACGAGAAGUCAUCGCAGGAUAGUCAUAAGACCCCACAGAGCCAUUUUCACUGUGAAAAUGGGAUUGAUGGGUUUUCGGUUCUUGUUGGCAAUGCUAACAACAGCUGCAGUUGCUGACGCAUAUCAACCAAAAGGGAAGGGUUAUAGCAUUCCACGGGUUCACCCAAAGGGAUCACAUCCAGUUCACCCGAAAGGAAAUUUCGUCGCACCCGAUACUCCCAACGUGAAAGAGCCUUUACUUCCUCAACUUCCACUGUAUUUAAACCCAAAGGGUUCAUUUCUCCAUGACCACAGACGUUUAAGACCUGUAAAUCCUAAAGGAGCUAUUUUACCUUCAAGACCCUACUUUCCACGUUACAACCUGCGAGGAUCCUACCUUCCUGCCCGCCCUAAAGGUCAGCUGGAACCACACACUUCAAUAGGAUUACAUCGACCCUUAAAUCCUAAAGGUUCACUAGCUCAGCCGACACAACCCUUGCAUCCAAAAGGUACCCUAGACAUGCCGAAAUGGAAACAAACUUCAUCGACACAGACGAAAAAGUCCUCCUCUGCAGAAUACAAAGAAGAAACUUGGACCAAAAAGAAAGACACAAAUACUGUUUACCCCAAUUAUCCCUCUGACCCAUCGGCCAACAAGCCAACCGUUUCUCCUGCGGACAAGAAGAAGCAAACGCACCCUUCCAACCAACACAAUCCAUGGGUCAAUAGCAAAACUAACCCCACUAAAUCCAAUCAACAAACAAAUGAACCUGCUGGACAAGUGAAGGAUCUUAAUAGCCAAGAUCAACGUCAAAACCCAUCUGUAGACCCGACUAACCAUGGUCAACAAGGAAACAGUAUUGAUACAAUUGGACAAAACUCAAACAACCAAGACCAAGGUCUGCCGCCAAGUCAACCUGGAAGUUGGCAACAUACAAACCCAUCCACCAAUGACCACAUCCCUCGUGACACGUGGCAAGUGGUAGACCCAUCAACUCAAGGCCAAAAUCCAUCUGACCCUUGGCAGACUCAAGGUCAGCCUCAAAAUCCAUCUGACCCUUGGCAGACACAAGUUCAGCCUCAAAAUCCAUCUGACCCUUGGCAGACACAAAACCAACCUGACACGUGGCAAGUGGUAGACCCAACAACCCAUGGCCAUAAUCCAUCUGACCCUUGGCAGACACAAAGCCAACCUGACACAUGGCAAGGGGUAGACCCAUCAACCCAUGGUCAACCUCAAAAUCCAUCUGACCCUUGGUCACCAAGUGGUCGCCAACAGACCGAAAUACACAAUGCAAUAGCUGGUUAACAAACAUCGUGACGGUGCUUCCAAUGAAAUAAGUACAAAGAUCCUCCUUUUCCCGUGCUAUUGGUCACAAACUCAGAACAAUCGCAGGGACGUACAACACGAAACUGGUCGAUUCAAAGUCUAUUCACUUGUGAGAGUUCCGCUAACAAUACACAACAUAAGCCGCCCAAUUCAACUAUAUCACUAUCUCAUCUAUGUGUUUCUACAAUGAAUAUAGUUCCGCCGAGAUCGAGAUGAAUAAAUGAAAGAAGUUGU